AUUGGGUGGCUCCCCCCCCCCCAAGCUUACUCUGACAAAAGAGUUUUGAGUUGGUCUUUUGGCUGAGCCUGCCCAGGAAGGCCGGCCUCUGCAGGAGUCUUGGAGGGUCGGAGGCAGCGCCCGGAUGAGGAUGAGGCGUGGCGGAAGAUGCGUUUGGCUCUGCAGACACUGCAACGGGCAGCAGGGGACUCUGGGAGGCUGGUGCGGCCUGAAGGCAUGGCUCUUGACAGCCUUCUAGUAGAAUCUCUGGAAUUGUGCAUGUUCCCCCUACCUCCAGCCAGUCUGUGCAGACUUGCUGCCUGCUGUGUCAUCGAGAACGAAAAGGCUGGGAAGAAGGCCCUUCACAAAACGGACUGGUAUUGCAGGGUGAGAAGCUGCCCCCUGACUUCAUGCCAAAGCUCGUCAAGAAUCUCCUAGGCGAGAUGCCCCUGUGGGUUUGCCAGAGUUGCCGGAAGAGCAUGGAAGAAGACGAAAGGCAGACGGGUCGAGAACACGCAGUGGCGAUCUCCUUGUCACACUCAUCUUGCAAGUCACAGUCCUGUGGGGGUGACUCUCAUUCUUCCUCGUCCUCCUCUUCAUCAUCCUCAUCUUCCUCUUCCUCCUCCUGCCAUGGGAACUCAGGGGACUGGGAUCCCAGCUCGUUCCUGUCUGCACAUAAGCUCUCGGGGCUGUGGAACUCCCCACACACAGCGGGGGCCAUGCCAGGCAGCUCCCUUGGGAGUCCCGCCAUCCCCGGUGAGGCUUUCCCCAUCUCGGAGCACCACCAGCAUUCAGACCUCACUGCUCCCCCUAACAGCCCCACGGGCCACGCCCCACAGCCAGUGUCUCUCCUCCCUUCUCAUCCUGGCUCCUUUGGCUCACCGCCCCACCCACACCUGCUCCCCAACACCCCAGCGACAUCUUUCCCUGCCCAGGCUUCAGAGUGCCCUGUGUCUGCUGCCACUGCCCCCCACCCCCCAGGGCCGUGUCAAAGUCCCCACUUACCCUCCACCAGCAUGCCCCUCCUGAAGAUGCCUCCACCAUUCUCGGGGUGCAGCGGGCACUGCAGCGGGCACUGCAGCGGGCCUCUUCUCCCACCGCCGAGCUCCCAGCCACUCCCUAGCACUCACAGCAGGGACCCCGGGUGCAAGGGGCACAAAUUUGCACACAGUGGCCUAGCCUGCCAGCUGCCCCAGCCCUGUGAGGCCGACGAGGGGCUGGGCGAGGAAGAGGAUAGCAGCUCUGAGCGAAGCUCCUGCACCUCGUCCUCCACCCACCAGCGAGACGGGAAGUUCUGCGACUGCUGCUACUGUGAGUUCUUCGGCCACAAUGCGCCACCCGCUGCCCCGACGAGUCGGAAUUAUACCGAGAUCCGGGAGAAGCUCCGCUCGAGGCUGACCAGGCGGAAAGAGGAGCUGCCCGUGAAGGGGGGCGCCCUGGGCGGGAUCCCUGGGGAGCCCACCGUGGACCACCGAGAUGUGGAUGAGCUGCUGGAAUUCAUCAACAGCACGGAGCCCAAAGUCCCCAACAGCGCCAGGGCCGCCAAGCGGGCCCGGCACAAGCUGAAAAAGAAGCAGGAGAAAGAGAAGGCCCGGUUGGCAGCAGAAAGUCUGAAGCAGGCGAAUCGUGUUUCUGGAAGCCAGGAGCCGAGGCCUGCCAAAGAGAGGCUCUUAGAGUGGCCUGACCAGGAGCUGGACCGGGUCAACAGCUUCCUGAGCAGCCACCUGCAGGAGAUCAAGAGCACUGUGAAGGACUCCCUCCGCGCCAGCUUCAGCGUGUGCGAGCUCAGCAUGGACAGCAGCUGCUUCAUCAAGGAGGGGGCUGAGGAGUCGCAACCCCAAAAUCUAGUCCCCUCAGACCUCAACGGCUCCUCUGACCAACAGCCUGAUAUCAACCUUGACCUGUCCCCCUUGACUCUGGGAUCCCCCCAGAACCACACGUUACAAGCUCCAGGCGAGCCAGCCCCACCAUGGGCAGAAAUGAGAGGCCCCCACCCACCAUGGACAGAGGUGAGGGGCCCCCCACCUGGUAUUGUCCCUGAGAAUGGCCUGGUGCGGAGACUCAACACCGUGCCCAACCUGUCCCGGGUGAUCUGGGUCAAGACGCCUAAGCCGGGCAACCCCAGCUCCGAGGAGCCCGGUUCAAAGGAGGCACCCAGUUGCAAACAGGAACUGUCUGAGCCUGUAGCCACUGUGGGGAAGCCAAAGAAGGGCAAGAGACAGGGUGCUCAGGCCAAGAAGAGCGAGGCGAGCCCCGCCCCCCCACCUCCAGACAGCCUAGACACUCCUAGUGCCAAGAGCCAAGUGCCUGGCUCCAAGCCGCCAGCCAGGGCCUCUGAGCCUCCCAAAGGAGGCAGCUGUGCUGAGGCUGGAGAGGGCAGCCAAGGGAGCCGGCCAAGACCAGGCUGGGCAGACAGCCCCAAAACUGCGAAGGAGAAGGGCAGCUCCUGGCAGAACUGGCCGGGCGAGGCCAAGGCACGGGCUUCAGAACAGGAGUCUGUGCUGCCCUCAGGCCCAGCCAGGCCCCAGAGUUUGCCCCAGGGCAAGGGCCGCAGCCGGAGGAGCCGCCACAAACAGGAGAAGUCAGCUUCCUCGCUGGACGAUGUGUUCCUGCCCAAGGACAUGGAUGGGACGGAGAUGGAUGAGACUGACCGGGAGGUGGAGUACUUCAAGAGGUUCUGUUUGGAUUCUGCAAAGCAAACCCGUCAGAAAGUUGCCGUGAACUGGACCAACUUCAGCCUCAAGAAGACCACUCCCAGCACAGCUCAGUGAGGCUGAGCUUCUGCAAGUCAUCCUGAGGCCUCAACUGCAAGCUGAAAGUCUCCAGAGUCUCCCUCCACAUGCCCACACGCCCUGACCCUCCCUGCUCCCACGGUCCUGGACCAACCAAAAGCUGAACGGAUGCCAUGCUGUGCUGGGUCCCCAGGACCUCAGCAGAGCUGCUUCCUGGUGCUAUGCAGCCUCCACACUCAGAUCCCAGGGACAGGGCUGGCCUGAGGGCCAGGGGCUGAGGGUACUGCUGGCCCAACACUGCUCUCUUUGUGUUUGUUUUAUUUUUGUUGUCAUUUUUUUUCAAUUCUUUACUUUUGAUACUGUGAACAUCUUUCAUCCUGAAAGAUAAAAGCAACAUUUGGACACAGA